UGUAUGGCCUUGUCCUCAGCGAACCCAGUCAACCAUUACCAAAGUUCAUGUACUUUAGCUUUGGGUCAAAAGAAAUCCGAGGUGUUUUACCGUGCUUCUUAGGAUCCCUUUUCAGUCUUUCCGGUGUGAAUUCUGCGGUUCGGAAACGCUGAAACCCGCCGCCAUUGGAUUCAAAGAUUGUCACCCCUUUUCUCGUCACAAAUUAGAGAAGCAACUAGACUAGUCUCAUCCAGCAAAAUGAAAGUCAUUCUUCAACGGGUGUUAUCCGCUUCCGUUACGGUGGACAAGAAGAUAGUGUCUUCAAUUGGCAAAGGCAUCCUCGUCCUGGCGGCUGUGGCCCCUGGAGACACAGAGAAGGAGUGCGAGAGUAUGGCCACCAAAGUCCUCAGGAUGAGACUCUGGGACGAUGACUCCGGUGGUAGAUGGAAACUAAACGUGAAAGACAUUAAUGGCGAGGUGCUCUGUGUAUCUCAAUUUACACUCCUUGCUUCAACUAAAAAAGGAACCAAGCCGGAUUUCCACGGAGCCAUGGGAGGAGAUGAAGCCAAGCCGCUUUAUGAUCAUUUCUUCCACAAGGUACAGGCCGGAUACCAAACAGACCGCGUGAAAGACGGUGUGUUCCAAGCCAUGAUGGAGGUGGCUUUGGUCAAUGACGGCCCUGUCACACUGGAGAUGAAUGUCGAGCCGCCAAAGCCUAAAGAACCCUAAAAUACAGCAGUGGGCAAGUAAAUACAGGGUAUGCAUGCCCCUUGAACUUCUAUGUAGACAUUGGUUGAGUGAUAUAUUUCUACGGAGUAGUUCUAGCACUGAUCUAGUCUAGUCCACUUUGUAGCUGACUCUGCUUAUACCCUUUUGCCUACUGAUCUUUCUGACUGUGACCUUUCCACAAUCCUUGGUCGUGGGCACAUGCGUUCCGCCACAAGGAUAUACUUCGGAUCCAACAAUGUUAACAACUCUUAUUCUUGUCUUUUCGUCAUCAAUCACGUCGUCGCUCGGCACAUCCUGACCAUCCUGAUCAACAUAGAUGCCAAUCGCAUGCCAUACUUCAUCUGAUGGAAGUAGUCGCUCCAGCUUGCGCUCCCUAAAGUCCGACUUGGUCCACCACUCAAUCCUGACCUCGGCGUCCUUGUCGACCAGAUCAUCCACCGACUGUUGAAUAUCCGACUUCCACUUCCCUUCAAUAACACCCUUGAACUCACAUCCGGCAGAGUCUGGGAAAUGCGAUGCCUUCAACUCGUCAAAACCCUCGAUUUUAUCUUCGAGGAGGGUACGAGUGGCCGACCCCAGGACAUGGCCUGCUGUGUGUAGGCGGGAAUAGAGGUGCCGUGUAUUCUCAUCAACCGCCUGGAUCAGCACUGCGCCGGGGUCAAUUGAGCUUUCUGCCCCGCCUUGGAACGUGCCAAAAUGCAGAACCAGCCCGGGGUUUGAAGCAGACGUCCGUGCUGAGUCUACGUUGAAGAUGGCCGUUUCCGGCGAAGAAGCAAGGGCGACUGUGCCAACGUCCGAUGGCUGGCCGCCACCUUGUGGAUGAAAUAUUGUGGAGGUGGUGAUCAAGGCAUACAGAGACGCGGCGUCGCCUUUGUAAAGUGCCCUGUCAUCUUCUGGGAGUUUUUCGAAUGGCAAAACAGACACCAGGGUGGAUUCGUUUUUGUAUGUUUGUUGAUGCUCAGCGGCGUGGAAGAGCAGUUUAGUGUUGGGCAAGUUCAGCAACGGGCUUAAUGUUUGCCCAUUAGAGACAGACAUUUUCCCUCGAUGCUGGGGAAUUGAGUAUGUCCUUCCUAAUGAGAACAGGACUAGGACUCUACGUUUGUUUGCU